UUCUUCUUCUUCCCCCAUAGUUUAGAUAGAUAAGUAAGCAGUGAGCUACCUAGCUAGCUAGCUAACAGUGAGCUGAAUCAGCAGCGGCUCCUGUCUCCUGGAGCUUGCUGAUCCAGUAGUCCAGUACUACUCUGCCAUUAGCUAAGCUAGCUGGAGCUUAAUUAGUGGUGAUCUCUGUCUCUCUCAAGCUAGGCGCCAUGGGAGACUCAUCAUCCUCAGCUUCGUACAUCAGAAUGGUUCACCACCUGAUAGAGAAGUGCAUUUGCUUCAACCUGAACAAGGAGGAGUGCAUGGAGGCCCUGGAGAAGCAUGCCAACAUCAACCCUGUCGUCACUUCCACAGUAUGGAAGGAGCUGGAGAAGGAGAACAAGGAGUUCUUCGAGACCUACAACAAGGACAGGGCGGAGCGCAACAUCGAGGCGGAGACGAUGCAGCGGAUCCAGAAGAUGCUCUCCGACGCCGCGGCAUCCAAGGGCUCCGACGACGACGACGACGACGAGAGCUAGCUCUAGCUAAGCUAUAGCUAUAGCUAGAGUUCAUGACUAGCUCUUCACAUGAGCUCUCUAGCUAGCUAGCUUGCUUGUUUGAUUUGGCUCCAUCCCAUUGAGAGCUCUUUUUCAAUCCUCGUAUUAAUAUAAAUGUGCCGUAAGCAUGCAUCAUAUAUAGAUUAGCUAGCCAGCUAGCUGCCACAAAAUUAAAUCAUGAACAUGUAGUUGUGUGUAGUAUGUUAUUAGCACAAGAAAUCAUGUACUAGGUGUCAUGUACUGUUUAGUAUAUAUGUGCAUCUUAUGUAUGCAAACAUGAAUGCAUGCGUGGAAUAUUCAGGAUA